GGUAAGAUGGCGGCGGUGCUGGAGGUGGAGAUUGGCGGCCCCGUCGAGCGGGACGUGGAGGAGGUUGAUCUAUCACGACUGUCCCCCGAAGAGAGAUGGAGGGUCGAGCAUGCUCGGAUGCACGCCAAGCACCGUGGCCAUGAGGCCAUGCAUGCCGAAAUGGUCCUCAUCCUCAUUGCCACGCUAGUGGUUGCACAGCUCCUCUUGGUACAGUGGAAACAGAGACAUCCUCGCUCCUACAAUAUGGUGACCCUCUUCCAGAUGUGGGUUGUUCCCCUUUAUUUCACGGCGAAGCUGCACUGGUGGCGAUUCCUGGUGAUCUGGGUCCUCUUCUCUGCUGUCACGGCCUUUGUCACUUUCAGAGCAACUCGUAAACCUCUUGUGCAGACGACUCCAAGACUGGUCUAUAAAUGGUUUCUGCUGAUAUACAAGAUCAGCUAUGCCACUGGAAUUGUUGGGUACAUGGCUGUAAUGUUCACUCUUUUUGGUCUUAACUUAUUAUUCAGAAUCAAACCCGAAGAUGCAAUGGAUUUUGGUGUUUCCCUCCUGUUCUACGGCCUUUAUUACGGAGUACUUGAGAGGGACUUUGCUGAAAUGUGUGCGGAUUACAUGGCAUCAACCAUAGGGUUUUACAGCGCAUCAGGAAUGCCAACGAAGCACCUUUCUGACAGCGUCUGCGCCGUGUGUGGCCAACAGAUCUUUGUAGAUGUCAACGAAGAAGGGAUCAUAGAGAACACAUACAGGCUUUCCUGCAAUCAUGUAUUCCACGAGUUCUGCAUCCGAGGCUGGUGCAUCGUUGGGAAGAAACAGACGUGUCCAUACUGCAAAGAGAAGGUGGAUCUCAAGAGAAUGUUCAGUAACCCCUGGGAAAGGCCCCAUGUCAUGUACGGGCAGCUGCUCGACUGGCUACGCUACCUGGUGGCCUGGCAACCCGUUAUCAUUGGACUGGUACAAGGUAUCAACUACAUCCUGGGGCUGGAAUAAAUGCUGAGCGGCCAGCAAGCCGGGGACAUCACAGCAGGACUUCGACAGCAGUGGCGGAGGGCAGCAGCUGGCCAGGAAGACUUGCUUGUAUCAUUCACCUCUCAGGAUCUUACACGCCCACAACACGUCUCCGGGGACUAAGGGAAAGACUUGGCGCUGGCCAGCUCCCAGCAAAGCGGGUUUAUGCUGGGGUGGGGGAAGGGUAUUCUUUUUUAAAACAAUUAUUUUAAUGAGCGUAUUUAAAACUUUAUAUUGCAGAUUAAAAAGGAAAUUAAUGUUUGUCCCACUUCCCUCCUCCA